CUGCAGGGGCGGUCGGCUGAAGCGAUCGCCCGCUCCUCAAAUGUACAAAUAAAUAACGAAAAAUUUGACGGAUAUCUGGGGAGAGCGUAGUAAGACGCAACACUCCUGCUGUAAAACAAAAGUAAACGUGACAUAGUUAUGGAGAAGACAGCGGAUCAACUAGAAGUCACAGUCCAAAAAGCUGACACAAAGCUGGACCUGAUUGCAUGGAAGCUUGAGAAAUGCGAGAAAGAGUUGUUUCAUUUGGACGGCACUGAGGUUUCAGUGAUUUCACUUCUACGAGGUGUUAACCAGGUGAAGGAGGAGUAUGAGAAUCUGAGAAGAGAAAUAUCAGAAGUGCAGCAGCUACAGAAGCAGUUGUCUGAUUCUCUUAGAUUGCAGCUGCGUCAGGUACAGGGUAGGUUCGGUUCGCUUCGUGAGCGUAUAAUCAAGAGUCAGCAAAACAACUGAAACUGUAAUUCUAUACUUCUUUCUUAUUUUUUUAUGACAUGAAAGAACCUUUUUCAAAUGAUGUAAUUGUAACAUCUUCCACAUGAGGGUUGCCAUGUUCUCCAUUGAUAAAUUUCAUAUUUACAAAUUCAUGAAGACUGUCAACUUGGUGAAGGGAGUUUUCCAGAUCUGAAUUUUGAAGACUGUAAAAAUUAAUGGCACAUUAUUAGAAAACAUUUACAUUUUGUAACUAUUAUUGUUUUAUAUGACUAUUCAUAGAUAUCUGCAGCAUUGCAAAUUUUAUUGAAUACUCUGCAGAUUACAAAUACUACACAGCCAUACCUAUGAUGAGUGUGUAGGGAGUAAAAAUAUGUGAUACAUAUCUUGAGCCAGCUGGUUCACUUGUUCUUUCUAUAAUGAUGACAAAACCAAUAAAAAAUUGUUUCUUUAAGUGUGAAGUGCAAUAGCUUAGAUAUAUUUAUUUUGUUUCAAUAUCAUUCAUAUUUACAACUACAUCACAAAUGUCUUAAAAUUCAUAAGGUAUUUGAUGUAUGUAUUUUCAUGUUUUUGCUAUGAAAUGUUUUUGAUGUGAUAUGGAAUUUCAAGGAAUGGUAAACUAUAGUUUGCCAUGGUUCUGUCAUUACAAAUAAUUCCAAGAUGACAGGUAGUCUGUUUUCUGUAUACAUUUAUGUACAUUCUGUAAGCCACAGAAAACGUGAGUGCUAUAUUUUGUGUGCUUCAUUUUAAAAACUCCAUUAAGUUUGGAGAGAUUCAGAAUUAUCAUUCAAAAAUUCUGUAUAACAAUUCCCGACUUAAAUGUCAUUAUCUGUCUUAUGUGAACUGUUUAUGCCUGUCAGCACUUGCUUUCUUGGAAUUAGGAUAAUUACAUUUUUCCUGUAGCUUAUUCAUAAGAAUUUAAAUAAAAAUAUCUUAUUUUGUAGAUAACUGUGUAACAACAAAAAAUGUUUCAGUUCAGUUAAAGUUUCAAAAUGAUUGUAAAUAUCAGUGGCAUACACCAUUACUACCUGCUACCAAUCUGGUCAUCCUAACUGAAUUCUUUCUGAGAGAUUUGGUAUUAGAGGAAUACCAAGAGGCUCAGCUGCUGUAAUUUCUGUAGAGAAAUUCCUCUUUCUUUACUUUAAUUCAAGUUCUCAUGAGGCAGUUUGUGUGAUAGGUACAAAUGGAGAAUUGUACAGAUGCUAAUCUGUUAAUGCAUGAAAGGUCAAAAUUUGUUAUACAGUAUCGGUGUUUUUGUAGCCAGGUGUCUUAUUUUGAUACCAUUUGAGCAGAAACAUUAUUUUGAACCACAUUCAUUUCUUUCACUUGGAUCACUGUUAGUUUCUUCUCACAAAACUGGUUAUCUUAUUGAUCCCACUUAACACUGGAUUAGCCUGUCCUAAAUCUCCCAGUGGUUUAUUGUUAAUGAUGCUCUCAUUUGUUUGUGUUGUCAGUGAUUAUUUAGUCUCUUUUUUGAGGCCUUCAUGUUGAUUGUAUUAUUUGCAGCUGUUUGGUUAUUGCGCAGCUUUGUAAUGUCUCAAUGACAUAGUUCUGUCAACUAAAUAAAGUAUCUAAUUGUCUACUGAAAUCUUUUAAUGGUAACAAUGAAGGAAGCGUCUAAUAGCUUGAGACUGCAUAUGAAUCCGAUGUGGUAGAGACUCAUCGAAGUACUUAUUCAACUCUCAUAAGUCCCUUGCCUCUGUGUCCUCUUGUGGAACACUAUUUGUAAGGAGAUGUUAAAUAGCUUGUUUUGUAUGCAGUUAGGUAGGCACUCUAAGCUUCAUUGCGGCUGAGGUUGGCGAUGUUUUUGUGUGGCUGUUUCAUAUGUCUCCAGGUGUGCCCUAGUGUGUCACACCAUAUCAGUCAAGGUUUUGUGGUCUUCAGCUUAAUAUGUGCUUUUCACAAACUGAAUCUUUAUCAUGCUUUAUGUUAGAAGAGUCAGUUUUUUUAAAACUAACGUAGUAAAUUCGAAAUCUCUAAACCAUUUUUCUGCUAUGUGAAUUGCACACUUGCCUUGGUUAACUGCCUCCCCCCUCCCCCUUGUAAUAAUUUGAUUGUAUAUAAAUCACGAGGGCAUGAAAGGAAGUAAAGGUAACAAUGUAUUGUAUAAUUGUGGUCUUGAGGCAUUAGUAGAUUUAUAAAACUAUAUUUAAAAUGUUGCUAAACAUUGGAUGAAAAUGAUUGUCAUCAUCCUCAUCUUUGGAGCUAACUACUGUAGCACAAUUGCAUAUAUACACACAUUCACGCAUACACCUGCAUGAUUACAUAGUUCAAGGUGGAUACAUUGUUCUGGCACUGCAUAUCAAAUGGAGUGAGGGAUUGUUGGGUGGAGUGGGUGAGAGGAGAAAUCUGGUGAGGAGGGGAUAGGAUUGGUGGUUGGCACCUCAGGGGGAGAAGCAGCAAGUGCAUUUAAUAGAAAGUUUGCUGUGGAUCAGGCAGGGCAAGCUGUACACAAUUACAGUGAGCAGCAGACUGGACAGGAGAUAGACUGGAAAGGAAAGUGAGAAAAGGGACUAAAUGAAAUGGGGACAGGGUAGCAGUAGGUUUGGGAAAGGGGCCAGAAAACUUUGAUGUCAGUGGAUUCUCUCUCCUCCCACCCACCUAUUUUACCCCCUCAGCUACUCCCACCAAUACAACCCAUAACAGUUGAAGACAUGAAUAAGAGUUCCUGAUCACCACUGUUUGCACUUUCUAUUACAGUGUUCCAGCAAUAUUGCAAAUUUAAUUUUGGUAAUAACUAUUUGUGGAUACUGACAUAAUCAUCAUCAUUUAAAAUAUUACAUGAAAACUAGAUCAUUAGUACAAACUGCAGUACAUCGUAUGUUCUACCAGAAUGAAAUUUUUACUCUGCAGCUGAUAUGAAACUUCCUGGCAGAUUAAAACUGUGCUGGACCGAGGCUUGAACUUGAGACAUUUGUCUUUCACAGGCUAGUAGAGCACUUGCUCAUGAAAAACAAAGGUCCUGAGUUAGGGUCUUGGUCUGGUACACAGUUUUAAUCUGCCAGUAAGUAACAUAUGUGUUUGUGUUCCUAAGAAUAGGUUGCAUCCAUGCUAUAAGCAAGUGCCAUUUGAUUACAUGUGUGUGUUUUAAAAACAAGUAGUUGCCACUUAUAGGUGGUAUUGCUAGCAAGCUCACAAGAUUUUCCUUAUCAUAUGGUUAAAACAAGUAUAUUGUUGUAAAAUCAUUACCAUAUAGAGAAAUGAAUGUUAAAAUGAGCUAUGUUAUAUGUUAAAUUAAUCUGUCAUUUUUAAACUGUAUUUAUGCAGUAAAGAGUUUCUGCUGACAACAUUAAUCCAAGUUACAGCAAGUUGGGAAAGUUGUAUACAUAAAAUCAUUAAAUUUCACUGAAAAAUUCUGUGAUAGGAAACAUUAAAAAUUAUUAAACAUCAACUAGGAAAUUGACUGUCAGAGAAGCUCUUCUUGGAGACUGAUAGUGUUGUUGUUUUCUUCAAUACUGUUUGUUGCCAGAGCUGCACCACAUGUUUGUAACAUUGUCCACAGCCAAAGUGAUUGGUUACAGGCUCCCAGUUCAUGGUGCAUGCUGAAGCAUCCAGCUGCAGGUAGCUGCUUUCUGACUUGUCACUUUUACUUUUAUGAAUCUCAUGUCCAGAAGGCCUUCUUUUUUCUAUAACUGUCUUCGCCCUUAAUUGGAUUAGUGGUGUUUUUUUCUUUUUUUUUUUUUCUCGGGGUGGGGUGGGGGGGCGUAGGUAUCUUCAUACUGGCCUGACUCUCAUACUUUUAUCUCACUUUAAAUUAUUUCUCAGCUCUAGCAUCAGUAUUGGUUUCAGUGCCAGAAUGUUCUCACUCCUACAUACUUUGGUUGGCUGAUGUCAGUAACUCCAGGUGACCUCUAUUUGGACUGAUGACCUCACUGUUUAGUCUCUCAACUGCCCCCCUCCCCCC